GUCCGCAGUCUCUUGGUCAUCUCCUGUACUCAGUCUCUGGUCAUCUCCUGUACUGUGUCCGCAGUCUCUGGUCAUCUCCUGUAAUGUGUCCGCAGUCUAUGGUCAUCUCCUGUACUGUGUCCGCAGUCUAUGGUCAUCUCCUGUACUGUGUCCGCAGUCUAUGGUCAUCUCCUGUACUGUGUCCGCAGUCUCUGGUCAUCUCCUGUACUGUGUCCACAGUCUCUGGUCAUCUCCUGUACUGUGUCCGCUGUCUCUGGUCAUCUCCUAUACUGUGUCCGCAGUCUCUGGUCAUCUCCUGU